AUGACUGAAUCGUUCGGAAGCGACCCGCUUCAAACAGUUAAGGUGUUUAGAUACGACGAGGCUAAUAAUGUAGGCGUUAUCUUUAUUCACGGUGGAGCCUGGAGGGACCCCAACAAUACAUACGAUGAUUUCAAGGAAUUUGCCAGUUAUGCGGAAGCGAAUUACCCACUGCUUAACCUCUUUGGUGUGAACUACAGACUUUCCCCCAAUGUCAAACAUCCGGGCCAUUUGCAGGACAUUUCAGAGAGCGUGGAGUAUUUGAAGAAGACUUACGAUUUGACUGAUAUAGUCCUUGUAGGGCAUUCUGUGGGGGCUACGCUCAUUUUGCAAUAUAUUAGGAGGACAGAAGCCGCUGAAGGUGUGCGUAUUAGCAAUUGCUAUCUUAUAGAUGGGAUAUUUGAUAUCCCAGAGUUGGUCAGUGAAUAUCCUGGCUAUGCAUCAUUUGUAAACGAAGCAUUUACGUCGGAAAAGCAAUAUUCAGAGGCUACUGAUAUAUAUGAUGCCAGGUUCAGUGGCAUUGGCCAUAUAUACAUAAUCCAAUCGCUCCAGGAUGAGCUAUUGUCCGAGCGUCAAACAGACUUGUUGGCUGGGUAUUUGGCGAACACCUCAACAAAGUUCUUGGUUCAAAAGGGCAAUUGGGGGUUACACGAGGAAGUAUAUAGAAGAAAGGAAGUGUUUGACCUAGUAUUGGGUACCAUUGGUACAGCACCAUGA